AUGCCCCAGCCCCACGUGAUUUCCAAGGAUUUGGACGACAAAGUCAAACCUUAUGUCUUUCCCUCUGACAUGAAAAGAAGAAGAAGAGCAUCCCAUUCAGGCCAGGCAGGAUGUGAAGAGUGCUGCCCCUUUGUGGACACAACCCGGUACUGCACCUCCCCCAAUAGUGCUGCCCCUUUGUGGACACAACCCGGUACUGCACCUCCCCCAAUAGUGCUGCCCCUUUGUGGACACAACCCGUGCUGCCCCUUUGUGGACACAACCCGGUACUGCACCUCCCCCAAUAGUGCUGCCCCUUUGUGGACACAACCCGGUACUGCACCUCCCCCAAUAGUGCUGCCCCUUUGUGGACACAACCCGUGCUGCCCCUUUGUGGACACAACCCGGUACUGCACCUCCCCCAAUAGUGCUGCCCCUUUGUGGACACAACCCGGUACUGCACCUCCCCCAAUAGUGCUGCCCCUUUGUGGACACAACCCGUGCUGCCCCUUUGUGGACACAACCCGGUACUGCACCUCCCCCAAUAGUGCUGCCCCUUUGUGGACACAACCCGGUAUUGCACCACCCCCAAUAGUGCUGGCCCUUGUGGACACAACCCAGUACUGCACCCGCCCCAGUAGUGCUGCCCCCUUGUGGACUCAACCUGGUACUGUACCGCCCCCAAGUAGUGCUGCCCCCUUGUGGACUAAACCCUCUACUCCACCCCCCCGCUCCAGUAAUGCUGCCCCCUUGUGGACACGACACGGUACUGCACCCCCAGCUGCUGUGGGGUGUGUGGGGAGCAAUGGAACUCACUCUUCAUCAGGGAGCCUGAGAGCAGCUGCUGUGGGGGCAUGA